UGGCACAUGAUAUAGUGAGGUGCAGUAUCCAAUAAUGCAAAAGCAGUGACUAUUCUCCUCAUCCCUUCUAAAGGGAUGACAGUGACAGGGACAGGGACAGGACAGGCCCUACUUGAAUGAUAGUUAAUGGCUUAAUUUAUUAAUUACGAGCAGUAUAUAAACCCCCCAAUCGGCACCUUCUUCCAAAUCACCAAACAACAUUCUCUUCUCUUCUCUUCUCAACUCCCAAACUAUACUAUAUUCAUUACUCCUCCUUCAAUUCCAAGAGAUCAGAGUGAGAAUGAGCUGCUGCAGGCAAGGAGACUGGAUGUGCGCAGCCUGCCAGUAUCUCAACUUCCAGAGGCGGGACUCCUGCCAGAAAUGCAGCUGCCCCAAGUACGCCACCGCUGCCGAUGUCGCCACCUACGCCAUGCCCAGGACCGAAAUGCUCGCUGGAGACUGGUACUGCGGUGCCCUCAACUGUGGCUCCCAUAACUACGCCAGCCGCACCAGCUGCUACAGGUGCGGCGCCGCCAAGGACUAUUGCGGAUUCAGCGCCGGUGUCAUGGCCUCUGCCGGCUACCCUUCUGAUUCCUUGCCCGGCUGGAAAACCGGCGACUGGAUUUGCUCCAGAUGCAGCAUGCACAAUUAUGCGAGCAGGACAGAGUGCUACAAAUGCAAGACACCUAGAGAUUAUGGAGCAAAUUAACUUGAGGAUAUAUAUGGCGAUGGAAUUGCAAAUUAGAGACAGUUGAUCACCAGAUCACACUAAUCAACUCCUUUUUCUCCAUGGUCGUUGUAGUCUUUUUCUUUCUAGUUUUCUUUUUUUUUUUUUAGCUUCGAAAUGAUGUUUCAUAAGAUUAAGCUACGAAUGUGGCGAUCGAUCAUUGAUAUCUGACCCACACACCCACCCCACCCCAUCCCAGGAAUGAUAUUGAUAAUUUCAGCAUAUGUUGUGUUGCGUUGUGUUGGGGCACAAUUAUCAUUGUUCCUUAGCUUGCAUGAUAUAAAUAUCCAUUAGUGAAAUCAA